GAAGUAGUUCUCGUAGCCCCGCCCCCUUUCGCUCGACUUCCGGAAGACCAAACAUACAGACCGUGUGCUGCUACAUGUCAAGGUAAGGUGACUACAAGAACAACAACAGGAAAGAGAAACUACUGUUAAGUGUAUCUACUUUAGCGAAAAUCAAGUUUAAUGUCGUUGCUCUGCACUAACAAAGUCUAUAACUGUUGAUUAAACUAAUCCUCUGCAGUAGCAUACUCAAAGAAAAAACGAAACAAAACAAUAAGGAUCAGUUUGGAAACAGUCAUGGUAAUAUUAGUCACAACUUCUUGUUUCUAUUAUCAGAAUCAAAUGCAGAGGAGGAGGCUUGGUGAAGUUGAACUCAAGGUCAGCCUAAAAGCAUUUUUGUGCUUAUCAAGCCACCAACAACAGUUACUGUAAGGAUGCCUCGCCCAUGUUCACACUUUAAAAAAUGGAAGGUCCACACUAAUGAUCAUUUUGACAAGCUUUACUGGUUGCAGAUCUGGGUUACCACAAGUGUAACAAAGAUUGGUCUGAGCUGUCCACGUUUCCAAACAUUCUGCUUUCAUCUUGUUGACCUUAAGGAGAGUCAAUGUAGUGUAAUAACAAAGCACAACAUAUUUUUGGAGCCAGAGAGUUGUUAAACAUGGGUACAAGGUCCUUGUUGAAGAUGGUUGUCGAAGUCCCAUGGUUCCAGAAAUCUAGCACCAAAGUAUCUGAGGUAUUUGAGUGACACAGCUCCACCACCCUAAAGGCUGACAUGACUGGCUAAAGAAAAUCACCCUAACAAUUACCAACCAUGUUUAGUUCAAGUGCACUGUUAAAAUCAUAAAUUCUUCUCAAAUCUCAAAAAUUCCUUCCAUACAUAUGAUUUAUUUUAUGAAUUUGUAACUGCAGACUAGGCUAAACAUUGACUGAUCCAAAACUGGUUUGAGCAGAGUUUAACUCAAAGAAAUGUUUUUCACCUGAUCGUAUAUCUCUGCUGAUUGAUUAACAAACUGACAAAAAAAAGUUUAUUUAAACAGCCUGUUUACAUUUGGUAAUACUCAUUUUGUAUGAAUGUAUUUGAAUGUGACAUUCCUCAACCUGUACAACUCACACAUUCAUAAAACCUUUUUUUACAGGUAGCCUAGCGGUGAAAUGUAGGAUUUUCACACUCGCUAGGAUUAUCUUGAUCCCCUUUUUUGCCAGCAUUUUUCUUCAAUAUGUUGUAAUUGUUUAAUAACAAUAAUAGUACAUUUUAUCUGAAGUGCCUUUCAUGUCACUCAAGGACACUUGUUUCAGAUGCACAGGUAUCUUUUUUUUGUCAUUUCACAGUAAUGUGGGUUGAAAAAAUUGGACAGCAGUUGGGCCGCCCAACACGAUCAGUUGGUGGGUGGCUGGUCACCAAGUUUUUGCUUUGGCACAACCGUCUUUCUGAGGAAAAUGCUGUGCAGCUGAGUAGAAUCCAGCCAGGGGAUACAGUGCUGGAGCUGGGGCACGGCCCAGGACUUGGUCUGGAGUUAGCAGCUAAACUUCUCACAGAUCCUUCAGGGCACCUUAUAGGGGUGGAUUACUCAGAGUACAUGCAUAAGGUAAUGUAUACAUUGGAAUAGUGUUAAUAACGUUAAGAUCUCUGGUUAUGAAAAGCAGAAUGUAUGGUUAUAAGGCUGUCUAGACCGUUGGAACCUUUGACAGAAACACAGUCCUACUUUAUAUUCCCCAAUGUCCUUCUUUUUUAGACAGCCCCUGAAUACAGCCUGAAGUGAAUUAUAAUGUGCUUUAUACAUAACCUAAACAGUUUGAUGUUUGACACAUUUUCCUCUCUUGCAGGUGGCAAGUAAAAGAGUAAAGGAGCUUGUGGCCAGUGGAAAAGUCACCUUACACCACUGUGAUGUAGCAGCAAUGCCUCUUUUAGACAACUCUGUUGAUAAAGUCUUCCACAGUAACUGCUACUACUUCUGGCCUGAUCUGAGGAAGGUAUCCACAGAGAUACACCGGGUUAUGAAACCAGGUAUGAUAAAGGUUGUUCAAGUAAGACAGAUUUUAUUUUCAAGGCACUCUUUAUCAUCUAAAAGAAAAUCUGUCUUAAAUGGUCUAAUAAGUUUCUGUCUACAUACAUGUUUUUUGUCUUUUCCUCUUUGAACCUCACCAGGAGGCCUGAUGGUGACCACACUGAGGCUGUCCUCUUUGCUUAUUGCUAAAGAAAGGGGAGUGAUGUCUGGGGAGAACUGGCAGCCAAAGAACUACAUGGCUGCACUAAGAGACUCUGGUUUCACAGAUGUCAGAAUGGAGGAGAAACAGCACAAGCACAUUCCUUUUGAGGUCAUCUAUGCCACUGCUUACAAAUCAGAUUGAAAUCAAACAGAUGGACUAUGGAUAAAUUUGACGCCAUAGUCGACAAUGAAAUACUGUUUAACCUCUGUGAUUGUGAUUUUUAAUGCGGAAAUAUUGUAUUUUCUUGAAAUGAAGAUAUGAUGAAAAACACUAACUUUUAGUGCUCAAGUUCCUUAAGGUGCUGAAAUAUGAAAAUGUUCAUUUUUGUCACCACAAACAACUACCUGAUCUGAAAUCUCUCUGCUGACUGUCUUACAAAAGUCCUCAGUUUUUACCUCUGUGCCUGACAGACAUAAAUAAACGAAAAACCUAAUCUAAAUAAA